AAGAUAAAGAAGAUGAAAAUAUAAUGAAGAGUGAUACAGAUAUGGGUAUGAACGAUGAUACAGACGAUGAUAUGGAUGAUAAUAUGGUGUAUGAUGAAAAUUCAAUAGAUGAGUACUUAAUAGAUAAAAAGUGGGAUAAUAAAUAUCAACACAUUUUAACAUUAAUAGAAUUCAUUCACAAGUAG